UGAACAUGUCUUCCUGACUCCAGGUCUUGAGUUCUAUCCCAGUCACUCCUCUUAGGAAAAUAGAAUGAAUAGUUCCAAGAAAGUUUCCAUCCACCUCUGUCUUUGGGGCUAUGAGACAAAGAUUGUUACAGGAGGUUGAUUUCCUGGGAGAAAAGGAAGGCAAAAAGUCAGGAGAAAGAAGCCUGUGAGGCAGUGGUCCAGACAACUGAGAAUAUUAGCCUGUGGUGCUUGAAUUGGGUGUCACUGAAUGGGUCACGAGAUAUUACAGAAGAAUUAGGGGGAAAAUGAUGAGAUAUUUCCCCAGAAGGGACUCUUUCCAACAGACUCUGACUUCUCAUUGGCCAAAGCUGCCUUGAUAGGAAAUCACAGGGGAUUCUCCAAUCUCUCAAUAACACUUGUUCAUACAAUAGAAGUGACCAGAAGUUCCUGCAGGCAGCUACAGUGAGAGGGUGGCACAGCUUCUCCAGGCAGUGCCCAGGGGAGGUUUCUCCAGCAUGUACCCAACCACCAUGGUGCAGAUUUCCACUGAAAUGCCCCAAGACUUAUUUGAUGAAAACCGGACUGAGAGAAAUACUGAUGAAUCUGUCUUCGCUAGCUUGGGUGAUUGUGAAGAUGGGGCCUUUGUUGUUACACUUAACGCCAUCAUGUUGACCAUCAGCUUUUGCGGGCUGGUGGCAAAUGCACUGGUCCUGUGGCUCCUGGGGUUCUGCAUCAAGAGAGACCCUUUCUCUGUCUACAUCCUUAACCUAGCUGGGGCUGACUUCUUCUACCUGUGUUGUCAGAUUGUGCGCUCCAUCAUGCUUAUUGGUCAAGACUUUUGGGACGUAGUACCAGCAUUUAUUAUCACUCUCACAAUUUCCUUUUAUACUUUGGGCCUGCACCUCCUGGCUGCGAUCAGCCUGGAGCGCUGUCUCUCCGUGUUCUUCCCCGUCUGGUACCGAUGCUGCCGCCCCAAGCACACGUCUGCCACCAUGUGCUCCCUCCUCUGGACCCUCUACCUUCUGGGGAAUCUACUGCAAGGUGAAGUCUGCGGUUUCCUUGGUUUUAUCCCCCCCUGGGUAAUGUCGUGUGUGGCAUGGGACUUCUCUUUUGUGAUGCUGAUCCUCUUUCUGCUUUGCCUGCUGUGUGUAUCCAGCCUGACUCUGAUCCUUAAGUUCCAAUGCCACGCGCAGCACAGGGGACCCUCCAAACACUACCUCCUCAUCCUGGUGACAAUCCUUAUGUUCUUGCUCUGCGGCCUGCCUUUUGGAAUCUGCUGCUUUCUCCUGUAUUGGCUGAUAGAUACAAGAAUCCCCACCUGGAUCAAGCUUGAGGAGCAGUGGUCCAGUUACUUACCAUAUGUCUAUAGCAGUGAUCCACUCCUGUGCCCUGACAUUGUGUGACAACAGAUAACAGUAUGGAAACUGAGGCCUGGAAAACUUAACUAAAAGUGGCAGCAUGAAGAUUAGAAGCUGGGUCCUUGUUCCCUUAGUAUAGACAAGGAAAUUGAGUCACAUGGAAGGCCAGGUCAGGUCAGGCAUACUUCGUUUCUUUAAUUCAGGUGGUGAUUAGGAUCUGCUGGACAGAAAAACAUGGGAUGG